AUGUCCUGCUCACAUGUCUCUGCCCUAAACAGAUGGGUUGCGAGGGAGGCUCGCCCCGUCAGUCUGCGCCAACUCAUGGUCUUCGGUCGCUCCUUAACCGAAGACAGACUCUUAGAUUCGGCCAACUAUGUCCGAACUGAGCUUCCAACGCGCCGCAUGUUGACCGAGCUCCUGCUCAGGAUCGCCCACCGGAUCCGCGACAUGCAACGGCUGCCAUAUGUCGUAGUUACAAACCCUCAUAUCAACGAGGUCUAUGACCUGUAUUAUACUGCCUUUGAUACAUUCCGAAAAGUGAAGAAAAUAAAGACGCUCGAGGACAAUGACCGGUUCUGCGACAUCAUCCGGACAAUGCUACGAGCACAUCUGCCCGUUAUUCCCAAGCUGGCAAUGGGCAUUCUUGAGUGCAAUGGCCUAAUGGAUGCAGCCGAACUGGACAAGUUUAUGAACACUAUUCUCAGAUCUCGCAUCUCCCGUCGUGUUAUCGCUGAGCAGCACAUUGCUCUGACCGAGACCUUCAAUUCAUCAUGGUACUCACCUGGCGCCAAGCUCUCCGAGGGUGAAUUCAUUGGCGAGGUUUUCCUAAAGUGUGUUGCCAGUGAAGUUGUCGAGAGAGUAGGCAAGACAGUUCGCGAUAUCCUGCAGAGGGCAUACGGCCCUGACGUCGUUUUGCCGGAAAUCAAAAUCAACGGGCAUCUCGGAGCCAGCUUUCCAUAUAUUCUCAGUCACUUGGAAUAUAUCGUGGGCGAAUUGCUGCGCAACUCCGUGCAGGCUGUGGCUGAGAAGCAUCACCGGCGCCGGGAUCGCGAUACAGACCCGAACCGGCUACCCCCUCCGAUCGAAGUUACUAUCUGCGAGAGCCAGCAGCAUGUCAUAAUCCGCAUCUCGGAUCAAGGAGGGGGCAUCCCACGUGAGGUGAUGCCUUACCUAUGGUCCUUUAGCAAGGGCCCGGCCACCGAACGCAUCCUUACAAACCUGGGCAAGGUGCCCAAAAUGGCCGCUACGAUGCAGGAACUUCAGGUUGAAUCAUCCAUAUCAGAGCCCAUUGGCCCUGACGGUCAUCCUCACCACCAUCACCACCACGCAGACUCACACCAUCAUCACAACGCCAGCGAGCAGAAGCUUGAAGGAAGAGAUGUCAACAACUCGUUGGCGUCAUUAUCAAGUCGGCCUCCAAACCUGCGGCUGGGCAUGGGCUUGCCCCUAAGCCGGGUUUAUGCUGAAUAUUGGGCGGGCAGUCUGGCUCUGCACAGCUUGGAAGGAUAUGGGGUGGAUGUGUUUCUGCAAAUAUCCAAACUAGGCAACAAAAACGAGCAGCUCACGACUCGGGCGACCAUGGACGCCGUGUAG